AGCUGCUGCCACAGUAGCUGACUGGUGACCCUGCCACCCAGCGCUCACACCCUCUGGCAGGUGCCUGGCUAUGGCCCGACUGCUCCGGGCUGCAACCUGGGGGCUGUUCCCCUGGAGGGGCUACUGCUCCCAGAAGGCAAAGGGCGAGCUCUGCAGGGACUUCGUAGAGGCUCUGAAGGCCGUGGUGGGCGGCUCCCACGUGUCCACUGCCACGGUGGUCCGAGAGCAGCACGGGCGCGAUGAGUCGGUGCACAGGUGCGAACCUCCCGAUGCUGUGGUGUGGCCCCAGAACGUGGAGCAGGUCAGCCGGCUGGCAGCCCUGUGCUACCGCCAAGGUGUGCCCAUUAUCCCAUUCGGCACCGGCACCGGGCUUGAGGGUGGCGUCUGCGCUGUGCAGGGCGGCGUCUGCAUUAACCUGACGCAUAUGGACCGAAUCCUGGAGCUGAACCUGGAGGACUUCUCUGUGGUGGUGGAGCCGGGCGUCACCCGCAAAGCUCUGAACCUCCACCUGCGGGAUAGCGGCCUCUGGUUUCCCGUGGACCCAGGUGCGGACGCCUCUCUCUGUGGCAUGGCGGCCACCGGGGCGUCGGGCACCAACGCGGUCCGCUACGGCACCAUGCGGGACAACGUGCUCAACCUGGAGGUGGUGCUGCCCGACGGGCGGCUGCUGCACACGGCGGGCCAAGGCCGGCAUUUCCGCUUGGGCUUCUGGCCAGAAAUCUCUCAUCACACAGCCUGGUACUCACCUUGCGUGUCCCUGGGACCUAGGAAGAGUGCAGCCGGCUACAACCUCACUGGGCUGUUCGUGGGCUCUGAGGGGACGCUGGGCCUCAUCACAGCCACCACCCUGCGCCUGCACCCUGUCCCUGAGGCCAUAGUGGCCGCCACGUGUGCGUUCCCCAGUGUCCAGGCUGCUGUGGACAGCACUGUACACAUCCUCCAGGCUGCAGUGCCCGUAGCCCGCAUUGAGUUCCUGGAUGAAGUCAUGAUGGAUGCCUGCAACAGGUACAGCAAGCUGAACUGCUCAGUGGCACCCACACUCUUCCUGGAGUUCCAUGGCUCCCAGCAGGCACUGGAGGAGCAGCUGCAACGCACAGAGGAGAUAGUCCAGCAGAACGGAGCCUCUGACUUCUCCUGGGCCAAGGCGGCCGAGGAGCGCAGCCAGCUUUGGACAGCACGGCACAAUGCCUGGUACGCAGCCCUGGCCAUGCGGCCAGGCUGCAAGGGCUACUCCACGGACGUGUGUGUGCCCAUCUCCCGGCUGCCGGAGAUCCUGGUGCAGACCAAGGAGGAUCUGAACGCCUCGGGACUCACAGGAAGCAUUGUCGGGCAUGUGGGUGACGGCAACUUCCACUGCAUCCUGCUGGUCAACCCUGAUGACGCUGAGGAACUGGGCAGGGUCAAGGCUUUUGCAGAACAGCUGGGCAGGCGGGCACUGGCCCUCCACGGAACGUGCACGGGGGAGCAUGGCAUCGGACUGGGCAAGCGGCAGCUGCUGCGGGAGGAGGUGGGCGCCGUGGGCGUGGAGACCAUGCGGCAGCUCAAGGCUGUGCUAGACCCUCAAGGCCUCAUGAACCCAGGCAAAGUGCUGUGAGGGGCUCUGAGCACUUAGCCCACAAGUUCCCAGACUACGGAGCCCCUGUUCUGGAACUUUUCUUCAUACCACGGCCCCUGCAAGGGAACAGACAGUAGCUGACGCAGUCUUGCUGCCAGCGAGCCCACUGUAUCUGGGCCCAAGGUCAGAGGGCCCAGAGAGAAGCCUGAGCACCGUGCUACUCCCCGUCCUUCUGGCUGGCUCCAGGAGCCUUUGGUUCAGUAAACGACCCUGGGUGGUUCCCAGCAAAGCUGCUUCCUCUCUGCUCCUACGCAUCCUGUCCGGGCUGGAAGAGACCAUCUGGGUCCACUCAAGACUCUGAUGACACUCCUCCCCUGAGGCCUCCCACUGCUGGGGUCCCAGGACCCUUCCCCCUUCACCUGGUGACAGGCACUCCUUUCCUGGUAUGGGACGUGAGCUCCCGUGCCAUGCUGGUAGGUCUUCUCCUUGGAGCUUCCCCCAGUAAAUCUGGAAUAAACCUGAAACCCACCUGCAGC